AUGUAUAAAACUGUACGGAUUGUUCAGGGUCGCCUCUCCGCGAGAGAUAGUGACAGUAGCCAGAGCAGCAGCUCAGGUUGUCUCCGUUUCCCCUCCCCCUUCCCUUUUCCGGCUGACUUCCCGGGCCCUUCACUGCACAGUCCUGGUCCUGCCACGUCCCAGAAACAAGAAGAAGAAAACACUGCGGAGGAAACCGGCGAGGGAGAGCAGGAUACACAGGAGAAAGAAGGUAUUCUUCCUGAGAAGGCUGAGGAGGCAAAGCUAAAGGCCAAAUAUCCAAGCCUAGGACAAAGGCCUGGAGGCUCCGACUUCCUCAUGAAGAGACGCCAGAAAGGGCAAAAGUACUUUGACUCAGGAGAGUACAACGUGGCCAUAGCCAAGAUAAAGAACAAGCAGCUACCGAGUGCAGGAGCAGACAAGAACCUGGUGACCGGUGACCACAUCCCCACCCCACAGGACCUGCCCCAGAGAAAGUCCUCGCUCGUCACCAGCAAGCUUGCGGGGUAACCUGGGCCCCUCUCUUCCCCUUCCUCACCCACUGGGCUUUUAUAUAUUGUAGGCAGGGAAUGGGCACCUAGUCAGAGCUCAGCUUGCCGACCAGGGAAUACAUUCUGCUGGGGGCUUAGGUUGACGAGGGGCUCUGAGUUCAUGUCUUUGGGUAAAUUGAAACUUGUAUACCCUCACGAUAGCCCAGUAGACACCCAAGAGUAGGAAAGACUAGGAGUGCAGAACACUGCAGCUUUUCCUGUGGUGAGAAAUGUAGAAGAUGCAAAUUCUCCUGCUGGAGGAGCAAGUCCUUGGACAAGCUGUCUUGGAGCCGUGUGACAGGUUCAGUGUCCCAAGGCUGAGUUGACAUGUUGGGAAAGGUGGAGUGAAGGAGACGCUCUCUGUGCUUCUAAGUG